GUGACAGUAGACAGGAUCAGGUCACGUGAUUGCAUCUGUUGACGAUUGUAUCUGGAUUUGCACAAUGAAUUCGGCCUUUCACUGUGUCUGGUGCAAUGUCAUCGCCUCCCUAACUGGCGUUUACUGAGUAAAUAUAAUACACACAUUCACAGCCUAACGAACGCAACCCCGGGUGUUAAGUCGAAAGUAAACGGAGAGGACAUGUAAAGCCAUCGUUUUAAAAAGGAGGAAUUGUAUACGCUGACUAAGGAGAACCCAUGAAGUUCACAUAUCGAGCCUUUCUUUUAUAAGGUCCUGCUGUAGUUCUGGUCUGUAUCCAGUCUCCUCUCUAAAUGGCGAUAGCACGCCAGUUUGGAUUACUCUUGUGGAAGAACUACCUUCAGCAGAAGCGUCAGAUCCUGGUGACUCUUGUAGAGAUCGCCCUGCCCCUGCUCUUCUCGGGCAUCCUCAUCGUGCUGCGCGAGAACGUGCCCUUCAAGGACUACCCCAAUGCCACGCUCUACCAGAGCUUCUCUGUGGAUGGCCUGCAGUACCCACUGGACAACUACCAUCACUACCAGUUGGCCUAUGUGCCGGGCAACGCCAGUGUGGUGCGGCGGGUGGCAGAGGACGUGCAGCACAGCCUGGACCCCGUCAUCAGUUCAGUGCAUGGGUUUGAGACAGAGGAGCAGUUUGAGGACUUUGUGAGGAAGGACCCUCAGUCUCGGAAGGUUCUGGCUGCUGUGGUGUUUGAGCACUCCUUCACUCACGAUGAUGAGCCACUGCCCCAACAGGUCAGCUACCACCUGCGGUUCAGCUUUAGUCCCCGUAAUGCCCCGGCCAAGGAGAAGUCUGAGCUGAACAUCAACAAUGACUUUGACUGGCACACCCUCAACUUGUUCCCCCUCUUCCAACUGCCCGGGCCCAGGGAGCAGUACGACCUCCAGGGGGGCACGCCUGGUUAUUUCCGCGAGGGUUUCCUGGCAGUGCAGCAUGCGGUCAACCAGGCCAUCAUGCGUUCCUAUAACAGCACAGGAGCAGCCUGGCUCCUCUCCCACACCCGGGUGGUCCUCCGCCGAUUCCCCUUCCCGCCGUUCAUCUACGACGUGUUCAUCCUGGCCAUCCAGAACCAGCUGCCCCUCCUCCUGGUGCUGAGCCUCACCUAUACCUCUCUGAACAUCGUGAGGGCCGUGGUGCAGGAGAAGGAGAGGAAGCUCAAGGAGUACAUGCGGAUGAUGGGCCUCAGUAACUGGCUGCACUGGACGGCCUGGUUCCUCAUGUUCUUCCUCUUCCUCGCCAUCUCCAUGUUCUUCGUCACGCUGCUCUUCUGCAUCAAGGUGAGCCCUAAUGGAGCUGUGUUGACCUAUAGUGACCCCACCCUGGUCUUUGUCUUCCUGCUUGUCUUUGCCGUGGCAACCAUCAACUUCAGCUUCAUGAUCAGUGCCUUCUUCUCAAGAGCCAAUGUGGCGGCGGCGGCGGGCGGCUUCAUCUACUUCCUGUCCUACCUGCCGUACGUGUUCCUAUGGCCUCGCUACGACCUGCUUAGCCACGCCCAGAAGGUGUCUGCCUGCCUCAUCUCCAAUGUGGCCAUGGCCAUGGGAGCGCAGCUACUAGGCAUGUUUGAGGGCAAAGGCACGGGGAUCCAGUGGUGUAACCUGUUUGAGUCGGUGACGGUGGACGAUGACUUCUCCCUGGCCCAGGUGCUGGGGCUGCUGCUGCUGGAUGCCCUGCUCUAUGGCCUGGUGGCCUGGUACGUGGAGGCUGUGUUCCCAGGGGAGUACGGAGUCCCUCUGCCCUGCUACUUCUUCCUACUGCCGUCCUACUGGUGCAGCAGCCCCCGCAUGGCCAUGGUGAAGGAAGAGGAAGACGUGGAGAAGGCUCUGAAGGGAGAGUUCAUCGAGGAGGAGCCAGCCGGACUGGUCUCAGGAGUCAAGAUCAAACACCUGAACAAGGAGUUCAAAGUGGGUAACAAGACGCGGCAGGCUGUCAAGGAUCUGACAGUGAACAUGUUCGAGGGCCAGAUCACAGUUCUGCUGGGGCACAACGGAGCCGGGAAGACCACCACACUGUCCAUGCUGACAGGUCUGUUUCCUCCCAGCAGUGGCAGGGCCUACAUUAACGGCUAUGACAUCUGUCAGGACAUGGUUCUGAUUCGCCACAGCCUGGGCCUGUGUCCGCAGCACGACGUGCUCUUUGACAACCUCACUGUCCAGGAGCACCUGCUAUUCUACACACAGCUGAAGGGGUAUUCCCAGGAGAAGAUUCCAGCUGAGGUGGACCGGAUCAUCAGGAUUCUGAACCUGGAGGACAAGCGACAUUCCCACUCCAAGACCCUGUCAGGUGGGAUGAAGAGGAAACUAUCCAUUGGCAUCGGCCUCAUCGGAGACUCCAAGGUGGUGAUGUUGGAUGAGCCCACGUCGGGCAUGGACCCGUCGGCGAGGCGGGCCACCUGGGACCUGCUCCAGGGUGAGAAGCGCGGGCGCACCAUCCUGCUGACUACACACUUUAUGGACGAGGCCGACCUGCUGGGGGACCGUAUAGUCAUCAUGGCUGGGGGAGAGCUGCAGUGCUGCGGCUCGCCUCUGUUUCUCAAGAACAAAUAUGGUGCUGGCUACCACAUGGUGAUCGUGAAGGAUGCGCUGUGCAACGUGUCUGAGAUCACACGUCUGGUCCACAUGUACGUUCCCAAUGCCACGCUGGAGAGCAGUGCUGGGGCUGAGCUCUCAUACAUUCUGCCCAAAGAGAGCACCAACCGGUUUGAGCUGCUGUUUGCAGAGCUGGAGAUGAACAGAGAGGAGCUGGGCAUCGCCAGCUAUGGAGCCUCUGUCACCACCAUGGAGGAGGUCUUCCUCAGAGUGGGGAAGCUGGUGGAUUCUAGCCUGGACAUCCAGGCCAUCCAGCUGCCCCCGCUGCAGUACCAACACGAGAGACGCUCCCAUGACUGGACCAUGGACGACACCAGCAGCUACAGCGGCAUGACGGACGUCACCGACUUCACUGACAGCGGCACGCUCAUCUCCGAGGACUGCUCCAACAUCAAGCUCAACACCGGGACCAGACUGUACAUGCAGCAGUUCUAUGCCAUGUUCCUGAAGCGGGCGCUCUAUAGCUGGAGGAACUGGAAGGUGAUUGUGGCCCAGUUCCUGGUGCCCCUGGUGUUCACCGUGCUGGCCCUGGUGGUGGCAAAGACCUUCCCCGGGCGCCACGACUCACCGCAGCUGAGGCUGGCACUGGGCCGCUAUGGCCCCACCACCGUGCCCGUGGCCCUGGAGCCCGGCAAGGGACCGCUGGCAAUCGCCCUGGCACAGGUGUAUUCUUCACAAUUGGCCGCCCAGCAAGCCCAGGACGUCAAUAUUAGGGACUUCACGGAGUACGUGCUCACCAAGACCGAGGAGGAGGGUGGGGCAUUCAACGAGCGCUGCGUGGUGGGUGCAUCAUUCAGAGGCGGCACGGGGAAGUUUACCGAGGUCACGGCCUACUUCAAUAACCAGGGCUACCACACGGCCGCUACAGCCCUGAUGAUGGUGGACAACACCCUGUUCAAAAUGCUGGCCGGGCCCAACGCAUCGAUUAUGACGGGAAACAUGCCCAUGCCCCGCAACGUCUCCGAGAGCGCCCAGAGUCAGCUGACAGAAGGUCAGACAGGCUUUGCCAUCGCCAUCAACCUGAUGUAUGGCAUGGCAUCCCUGUCCAGUACCUUCGCCCUGCUCCUGGUCACAGAGCGUUCACUCAAGUCCAAGCACGUACAGCAGGUCAGCGGCGUCUACCUCUCCAACUUCUGGUUCUCUGCACUGCUCUGGGACCUGGUCAACUUCUUCCUGCCCUGCAUGCUCAUGCUGGUGGUGUUCCGGGCGUUUGGGGUCAAGGCCUUCGUAGCAGACAACCACCUGGUUGACGUGUUAUUACUCCUGCUGCUAUAUGGCUGGGCCGUCAUCCCCCUCAUGUACCUGCUCAGCUUCCUGUUCUCCACCGCUGCCACCGCCUACACCCGCCUCACCAUCUUCAACAUCAUCAGCGGCACCGCCACCUUCCUCACCGUCACCAUCAUGACCAUCCCAGAGCUAUAUCUACAGGACCUGUCUCGUAACCUGGACAAGGUGUUCCUGCUCUUCCCUAACUACUGCCUGGGCAUGUCCUUCAGCCAGUUCUACCAGAACUACCAGUUCAUCACCUUCUGCACCCCCAACCCCGUGACCAUGGCCUUCUGCCGUGCCUUCAACAUCACGUACCAGGAGAACUACUUCUCCAUGUCGGAGCCGGGGGUGGGGCGUUUCCUGGUGGCCCUGUCCCUGCAGGGUGUAGUCUUCAUCACCCUCCUCUUCAUCAUCGAGAUGCAGUGUGUCAAAACCCUCCGCCGCUUCCUCACCCACCUCGCCAGCAGACGUAAACAGUUGCCUCUGAUGGGGGAUGCGGCCCUACUGCCGGAGGACAGGGACGUAGCGGAGGAGAGGAAGAGGGUUCUGGAGUGUCAGCCCAUAGUAGAAUCUAUGGUGGGGAGCCCACUCAUUCUGCAGGACCUCAGCAAGGUAUACAGCAGUGGAGAAACAGUACUGGCGGUAGACAGACUCUCUCUAGCAGUGGGGAAAGGAGAGUGUUUUGGCCUGCUGGGUUUCAAUGGAGCAGGGAAGACCACCACCUUCAAGAUGCUCACCGGGGACGAGACUGUCACCUCUGGCGAUGCCUACAUUGACGGCUACAGCAUUCUGAGGGAUGUCAAGAAGGUACAGCAGCGGAUUGGCUAUUGCCCGCAGUUCGACGCUGUCCUGGAUCACAUGACAGGAAGAGAAACGCUGAGCAUGUAUGCUAGGCUCCGGGGGAUACCAGAGAAAUACGUGUCAGGCUGCGUGGAGAACGUGCUACGAUCCUUACUACUGGAGCCCCAUGCUGACAAACUGUGCCGCAGCUACAGUGGGGGCAAUAAGAGGAAGCUGAGUGCGGCUGUGGCUCUGAUUGGUGGACCCCCGGUCAUCUUCCUGGACGAGCCGUCCACUGGCAUGGACCCGGUUGCUAGGCGACUGCUGUGGGAUGCUGUGACGCGCACCCGAGAGUCUGGAAAGGCCAUCAUCAUCACCUCUCACAGUAUGGAGGAAUGCGAGGCCCUGUGUACCCGGCUGGCUGUGAUGGUGAACGGUCAGUUUAAGUGUCUGGGCAGUCCCCAGCACCUGAAGAGUAAGUUUGGCAGCGGCUACACACUACUGGCUAAAGUACGAGUGGACAAGGAGGUGGAGGAUAGCGACCUGCAACUCUUCAAGGACUUCAUCGAGAGCACCUUCCCAGGAAGUCUACUAACAGAUGAACACCAGGGCAUGGUGCACUAUCACUUAACUGACAAGACACUUACCUGGGCACAGGUGUUUGGCACCCUGGAGGCAGCCAAAGAGAAGUACAACAUCGACGACUACGCUGUGAGCCAGAUCUCCUUGGAGCAGGUGUUCCUCAGCUUCGCCCAGUUCCAGCACUGCAGCAGGAAAUAGAUACAGUGAGGGGGAGCUCCAUCUCUCUGUUUCUCUCUCUUUCUGUCUGUCCAUCCGUCGUGUGUAUUUCUCCACUCUGUGUGGCUGACCUGUAUACAUGGGCUCGACUAUGUGACGCGCCACUGAGCUAUGAUCAGGUCUUGAUCUACAUACACACAGACAGACACUGUGCAGUGAUGGAGCAGAGUUUGAAUCCCUGGACACCCGGUCUUCAACGUGGCCGUGUUACCCCAGCUCCCUCUAACCCCGCUGGGCUUGGACCGCCAACCAGACUGGACCUGUUGAUCCAAGCCUGGGUCUUAACCAUCAACCACUCCUUUCUCUUCUGUUCAAUCAGUUUGUGUGUUGGACAUUUAGGUCAGUACAGAGGCAAGGUUAGGGUUAGGGAGUUCUGUUUAGGGGGGGGGGGGUGUCUGCUAUACGACCAAGUAAGAAAUCUUAGAUGUUACCCCUUUUUUGUCUUUGACGUUUAAGACCAUGUAUACAACUGGAUACCACUGGAUAUGAUGGUCUACUCUGUAUAAUACAACUCAGCCUUGUGAAUGUGUGACAGGCAGGGUUGUGAAUGUGUGACAGGCAGGGUUGUGAACUUGUAUGCAGCUUUCUUUAUGAAUGAUUUUUGUCUCCUCAUAUGAUUCUUACUGUGAUCCUAAACAAUUGUGCACAGGGGGUAUUGUUCGUCACUGAUAUGAUUGAAAUAUACAAUGAAGCACUUCAAGUGAUGGAAUUGUAAAACAAAUCAACACAUUUUUUUCUUUAUUAGGGUAAAUGCCAUGCUAAUGCCAUGCCAGGGUAAAUGCCAUGCUAAUGCCAUGCCAGGGUAAAUGCCAUGCUAAUGCCAUGCCAGGGUAAAUGCUAUGCUCUAACACUUGCUCAUCAUUUUUGGUCGGAUGUAAAUGAUGUAAUAGAUUCAUGGUACUGAAGCCACUUCCUGUAGGAAAUCAUUAGUUUGGUUUGCAGGAACAUUAGCUAACAAUUGCAUGUCUGAAUGAACAACAACCUCUCUGCACUGCAUUGCAUGGCACACCAACAGUGUGCUAGGUAUUGAGAUGCCCUCAGACCAUCAUCGAAAUUCCUAAUUGCAAGAUUCAGAAAGAAAAAAGGUCUUGAAGGAUUUGGGCAUGUUGGACUGUGUGGUUUCUAUCCUUAGCAUUGUGUCCACUGACUGAAGCACAACUUCCCUUUCUACGGGCUACAGUAAGUUUGAUGCAGUGUCAUAGUUACAUAAUCACUAUAUCAACCUGCUGAGGUACAGAUAUAUUAUUUGACUUUAAGGGAUAAGUCAAUGACCUUGUGAAAUCACUGAACUAUCCCUUUAAUUGAGGUGUUUUUUGGUUAGUUUACCCACACUAAUUUAACUGCAGCCUAAGCAUUUCAUGUUAACUUUAUUUGUUUGUGUGCUGUCCCUUUACUGCUGUCAAUUAUACUACUACAGUACUACAAUGUUAUUCCUGAAGGCUGAAACAAAAUGAUGUUUUUGCUUAUCAAUGUGUAGAUGCAUUACAGCUAUGGACCAAUGCACUGUUACGUCCUCUUAAUAUAGAGUUUAGAGUACUUUACUAUAGAGUAACACACCGUCCAGUCAACAAAUCAGUCACUUUCUUCCCGUCCAUUGGCUGUUUUGUUUUCUCAUUUGAAAACCCUUUCUUAAUGUAUUUGAAUGAAGAGGUUGAAUGAGAAUGUGAGGUUUAAAGACAAUAGCUUCCACAAGAAUGAAAGUAUUUCUGUCCAGACAGAGAAUUCCUGCGUCUUGUCCCAGCAUUCCAUUUAUACUUUUUUUUUUUGCUUUGUGGAAAAUGUUUAGGCCAAGUCUAAUAUUUAGUCCAAUUGUGUCUAGACAUGUUAACUCUCCUAUGUUCUCCCAAUGCUACACUGGUUGAUGUGGUUAUGUAUCUAAACUAUCAACAGUAGUCAUGGGAGCAUAGUGUAAACGUCUUAAAGGGGUAGCUGACUUUUUUUGUUGAUGUUUUCAGUUUAAAAAAGUAAACUGUCCUUUUUAAAAGAAUGUUUCUGAAAAUGGUUAACUUAUCAAUGCAACUGACUGUAAAACAGCCUCACAUAAGGACCAUGAAGGAUCAACUCUGCCCCCCCACCUCCCCUCAUAGCUCACUCAAUCUAGCAAGUUGACUUUUUUAUUUUUAUUUUUUAAAAGCACUUUUGAAGUAAACCUCCGCAACAAUGUCUGUUUCUGGGAUGGUUGAACUGAUAGGCAAGUGGUUACAGACUUAUGUUUGGAAGACAAAAAAUAUUGCUUAUUGAUUAUACAGGGCUCUGUCCUGACAACUUCUGUUUUUGUUACGUUUCUACAUAUUACAGAUGCUAGUUCAUCUAUGUGGACAUGUCUUACAGCAAGUAAAAGAGAACUUGAAAACAUUGUGAUGAUGAUGAUGCAUAUGAUUAGGAUGAAAUACAAUGUAUCAUAUUUAAAAAGGGACUCUUCAUCAUUGUACUCGUAUGUACUGUAUCAUGGAACUAACCUUGUCUACUGUAUAAUUACUGCUAUUAUUUUUUAAAUUAAAUUUGCUGUAUGCAAAUUGGAACAAAAA